AUGGCACAUCCGAACGGGCCCCGCCCUGUCCCAACCGAUCGUCUUCGACCGCUUUUGGGGUCCGGGGACAUCGGCAAUGGAUUCCUGGCCCUGGACAAACUAGGCGUGUGUCGAGGCGAGAGUCGAGUGGAGCCGGUGGCAUCGAACACGGUAUUCGAUGUCGCUUCCUUGUUUCUCUAUGGCUGUUCCCUCAUCCCGACGCCGUUGAAGGUCCUUCUGGAUCGUCUCUUCUCCGUUCUCCCGCCUGAAGACGUUCUUCAGAUCCUCAGGGGCUUCGGGUGGUCUCCCGAAGACUACGACCGGGGCUACGUCCGACAGGACCCCCAGGGAGGCUUGAUGGACUCCUGGAACACUUGCACCAGGGAGGAAGAGCCGUUGAUUUUGGAACAGUUCCUUCGGUUUGGCGAGACCCGGAAAAUUGCUCAAAGGAUGUUGGGCCAACUGCAAGCAGAUCAUCAGCCGAGAGGAGAGUCGGACAUAAAGAAAUUCCUGGAAAGGGCUAGUCAUGGUAGUGUGAAGAGUGAGGUGAAAUGCGAGGGGAAUUUAGGGAGUCCCCCUAGCCUCAUCUUCCCCGGGUUGCCCCACGGACUCACCCGAUUUUCACCCGGCGGUGCACCACCUGCACCUGCACCUCCCCCCAACUUCCGGGCACCGUUCGUACCGCCGAGCCCCCUGAACAAGUUACAGAGCAUGCAACCCUUCGACUUCCGAUUGAAGGAGAAACUGGAAGAGAAACUGCCCUUGGCAUUCCCGCCGAGUCUCCACGGCCCCGUACCGACUCUCCAACCCAACAAUCAGCUGUCCAUCAGCAAUCUGAUCGGCAAAGGAUCGUCAUCGACGGGAUCUUCGUCCUCGACCCCGAUCGCUUCGAAGUCGGAGGAUCCGAUCAAUUUGAGCCGUUCGGCUCCGGCUCAACCGAUGUCCCACGUUCACGCUGGUGUGAAUGCGAACGAAGACCUGGAUCGGAACAAGCACUUGCGGAAAAGCUCAAAUCCUAUCAAGCGCCGCUGGGACCCGAUCAGCGUGGGAACUUCCCUCAUGAACCCGUCGACGGGGAAGAAACGUGUGCAAUGCAACGUCUGUCUCAAGACCUUCUGUGAUAAGGGAGCUCUCAAGAUACAUUUCUCGGCUGUGCACCUCCGUGAAAUGCACAAAUGUACAGUGGAAGGUUGUAACAUGAUGUUCAGCAGCCGUCGAUCGCGAAAUCGUCACAGUGCGAACCCGAACCCGAAACUCCAUACACCGCAUUUACGGCGGAAGAUCUCACCUCACGACGGUCGAACGGCUCAAGCUCAUGCCCCCCCGGGCGUCAUGCAAAUCCCUCACGGUCUCCUCAAUUCCCUGAAUCCUCUCAACCCCUUUGGCCUCCCUCCGGGAUUCAACGCCCUCUCCAGUGCUCCCGGUCCGUUGGACCUGGGACGAAGUCUGGAUCUCCGACUGAAGGGCGACGGAGGAGGCCAUCACCACGGUCCGUUCGGCGGGGAAUCCCAAGGGUCCAACCUGAUCUCUUCCCGGACGACGCCGAGCACGACGUCGGGGAGUCCUCCCGCAGUCUCCUUCACAUCUGGCGAUAACAGCAAUAACAACGGCAGCAAGCGGAUGAGACUGUCGGAUUGCUCGGACGCAGAGGACGACGAGGACCUGGACGAUGGGAGCAACCUAGACGACAGUCCGGACGACGAGGACGAGGACGAAGACGACGCAGAUGCCGUGAGCAUGGGGACGGAACCCAAGGAGGAGGAACGGGAAACUCUCCCACGAGAGGAGCUCGUGGGGGUCAAGGGAGUCCGGAAGAGGAAGAGUCGGAAUCCGACUCGGUACGGCAUCGCCGUCCAUGCCGAUGAUCUCACCCAGUCCUCGGAUGACCUCUCCUCCGAUGCCCUCCCGAGCCUGCAUUCGAAUGAAAAGGCAUCCAUGGAUCCCGGGGAGGAACCCAAGCACGAAAACCACCCGGAACCCAAGAAAGACUCCCCUAGUGAGAAAGACCGCGAACGAGAUAAGGACAACGUGGAAGAGUCCGAGAACAAGGAGAACGAUGGAGACCGCCACGAAGACGCCGAGCAGCACCAGCAGCAGAAAGGAGAGGAGGAAAACAAAGAACACAAGGAUGGAGACGAAGACGAAGAACGCGAGGAAGGAUACGAAGAGGAAGAAGAAGGAGACGAAGAUGAUGAAUACGGAGACGACAGAGACGACGACAGCGAGAGAGGCGAAGGAGAGAACGAAAGCGUCUUAAAAACCCUGGAAACCAACGCUUUGAAGCACUUGGAAAGCCUCUCCCAAGGGAACUUCGGCGACUUCGUGUCCCGAAAUCUGUUGAACGCCGCCGGACCGAAUCCAUACUUGACAGGGCCAGGAGGUCUCGGCCUGCCCUUCGGCCUCCUCGGAUCACCGGGUUUCCCUCCCCACCCUCCUCUUCCUCCUGGCCUCGCUCAAACCCCAAGCAGCACCAGUCCGAACAAAGACAACAAGGAUUCGGGCGAUACUAAGUCCAACCCAGAUUCCCCUUCCUCUGACAGUGCAGGCUACCCCCCGUUUCGAGAUUCCGGGUUCAUCAGCUCUUUGGACGUCCCGGUGGACAAGGAAAACCCCCGCCGUUGCCCCGUGUGCGGCAAGGUCUUCCAGAACCACUUCGGUGUGAAGACCCAUUACCAGAACGUACAUCUGAAGCUGAUGCACAAGUGCACGGUGGAAGGGUGCAAUGCAGCCUUCCCAUCUAAGAGGAGCCGAGAUCGACACAGCGCCAAUCUGAAUCUCCAUCGGAAGCUCCUGUCCACCUCGGACAAGAUGGCACCCUACAUUCCAGGGUUCUCGGCCGCAGCGGAACAUCAGAUGAGGACGGAGCUCCUGGCAAGGAUGUACGCUGAACAUCCCUUGCAAGGUUUCUACAGCCCGGAGAAGAUGGCGGAACAGAUGCUGGCCAACGGAGAGGCGUUCCCCAGGGUCCCGGCCUUCCCCGGCUUCAUGUUCCCAUGCAUUCCCUCGACGGGGGCUCCACCUCCGACUUCCUUGUCGUUCGGGAGCGGAGGCGGGAGGAAUUCCACACCAUCGCCUCCCACUUCCGUGUCGUCUGGAGGUGAAUCGGAUCGAGGCAGCAACGGAGGCGGAAACGGCGGAGAAUCUUCGGACAACACCAGCCUCAACUGCAACGGCUCGGCCCUAGUCUACAGCCUGGAAGAAGAUCUCCCUACGCCCGACCCGGACGGCAACCUUCCGUGUCGAUUCUGCCAGAAGUCCUUCCCGGACGGCUCGAGGCUCAAAGAACACUACGAAUCUUUGCACUCCCCCGAGAUGUUCCGCUGCACGGUCCCGGGUUGCAAUAAGAUCUUCUCGAGCCAAAAGAAGCGGAAUGCUCACUCGGCGAACCCCGAGCUUCACAAGACGAUGCAGAUGCAGUCGUGCACCUAAUUUAGGUCUUCCUCCACGAAGAAUAAUGGCGGAAGAAAGAAGAAAAAAGUCAUGCUUAUCUCAUCCUCUUGUAUUGCCAAAGACACUCCUGCAAGGAACCCAGGGGAGAAACGAAACCAGUUCUCAGCAGUAUUCCAUGUGCCAAUUUAUUCCCUGAUGAUAAUUAUUAUAAUUAUUCUUAUUCUUAUUAUUCAGCAGUUAACGACGAUAGGUCUCUCUACCCCUCCCGAGAGAGGGGAUGCAUCACGUGCACGUGAUUCUAAUUUUUUUUGUCGAGGAACAGAAGGAUUCCCCAUGAUUUUUUCACCCUUACACCCGAUGAUGCAGUACGCAGAAUGAUGUUGAAAGUAUUAUGCAGGAAUAUUGUCGAGGCAUUCCACGCCUCUCGUGCUCCUUUUUUGUUUUGUUCGAUCUAUCUGUGAUUCAUCCUUUUAUGGUAGCUGAUGAUCUGUUCCCCCUGUUUGUAUUUAUUUGGGGUUGUGCAUUUUGGCAAGAAAAAAAGUGCACGAGUCCCGAUGGUCCCGUGAAUCAUCCUGGUGUUCUUCCUCAUCUUUCCCGUUUCACCGAAUAUUUCCUAUUUUUUGUUAAUUCUUCCUCCCCGGUUUCUCCCUCCAUCUCCAUUAUACUUGUCUUUUUAUUAUACAGGUGACUGAGCUUUAAAAUGCACAGGACGGAAAAGAACACCGUUGUCUUUUCAUGAGUUGUGAGAAAAAAAAAUAAAACUCCUCAUUGUUGCAUAA